CGCCGCCGUAGUCGUAGUUGUCCUUCGUUGCUGUUGCUGCCGCUGCCGCUGCCGCUGUCGUCUCCUCCUCCUCUUCGGUCUCCGGCUGCAGCGGCUGCCUCACUUCCCUGCUCCAGGUCCCGUCCCUCAGUCCUCCAGUCCCGUGCUGUCCCACACCAUCCUGCCCCUUCUCACCCCUCCUCCCCUCCAGUGGAGUAAGAGUCGGAAGCUGGGGGGUGGGCUGUGUGCGACGGGUCCUGCCGAGGUAGUGACAGCCCGCUUCACGGGGCUCUUCCCCUUCGCGCCUCCUCCCCCCCCAUAUCCCGGUCCCAGCCCUCACCCUCUCCCCUCACGGCGCCCCUCGACCAGGAUGAACCGGGGCAGCAGCAGCACCCCUGCCACCGCCACAGCCGACUACCUGCUCUGCACCAACUGUCGGAAAGUGCUGCGGAAGGAAAAAAGAAUCAGAGUAUCUCAGCCUUUGACAAGAGGACCAAGUGCCUUUAUACCAGAGAAAGAGGUUGUCCAAGCAAAUACAGUAGAUGAACGUACUAACCUCCUUGUGGAAGAAUACUCUACAUCUGGGCGCCUGGACAACAUUACUCAGGUCAUGAGUUUACAUGCUCAGUACCUAGAGUCUUUUUUGCGCAGCCAAUUUUAUAUGCUGCGGAUGGAUGGUCCCCUUCCUUUACCAUACAGACACUACAUUGCUAUAAUGGCUGCAGCUAGACACCAGUGUUCUUACCUAAUAAACAUGCAUGUGGAUGAGUUUCUAAAGACUGGAGGCAUUGCAGAGUGGUUGAAUGGUUUGGAAUAUGUCCCUCAAAGACUGAAAAAUCUCAAUGAAAUAAAUAAACUGCUAGCACACCGACCCUGGCUAAUCACAAAAGAUCACAUUCAGAAACUUGUCAAAACUGGAGAGAAUAAUUGGUCUCUGCCUGAACUAGUACAUGCUGUGGUCCUGUUGGCACAUUAUCAUGCCUUGGCUAGCUUUGUUUUUGGUAGUGGUAUUAAUCCAGAGAGAGAUCCAGAUACUUCCAAUGGAUUCAGAUUAAUAUCUGUCAACAACUUCUGUGUCUGUGAUCUCGCCAAUGACAACAACAUAGAAAAUGCAUCCCUUAGCAGCAACUUUGGGAUUGUGGAUUCUCUAAGUGAGCUAGAGGCCCUAAUGGAAAGAAUGAAAAGGCUUCAAGAAGAUAGGGAAGAUGAGGAAGCCUCCCAGGAAGAAAUGACCACUCGUUUUGAGAAGGAGAAGAAAGAAAGUCUUUUUGUUGUUUCUAGAGGUAUUUUCCAUUCAUUUUGUCAUAUAGACUUUGAUGAUGAUAUAGUUUCAACAUCUGAUGUCUCCAGAUAUAUUGAAGAUCCUGGUUUUGGGUACAAAGACUUUGCUAGGCGAGGAGAAGAACAUUUACCAACAUUCCGAGCUCAGGACUAUACAUGGGAAAAUCAUGGGUUCUCCUUGGUAAAUAGGCUUUACUCUGAUAUUGGUCAUCUUCUUGAUGAAAAGUUCAGGAUGGUCUACAACCUCACUUACAAUACCAUGGCGACACAUGAGGAUGUGGAUACAACCAUGCUGCGAAGAGCUUUGUUUAACUAUGUUCAUUGUAUGUUUGGAAUCAGGUAUGAUGAUUAUGAUUAUGGAGAAGUUAAUCAGUUACUUGAACGAAGCUUGAAGGUUUACAUUAAGACAGUGACCUGCUAUCCCGAGAGAACUACCAAGCGCAUGUAUGAUAGUUAUUGGCGUCAGUUCAAACACUCGGAAAAGGUUCAUGUAAAUCUACUUUUGAUGGAAGCCCGCAUGCAAGCCGAACUUCUGUACGCUCUUCGCGCUAUAACUCGCCACCUGACCUGAAGCAUCAUUGCAGAGGAAGCGCCACGUCACUGAUGUGUGAAAGACCUUUUCACAGAACAUACGCACCAGAAGCUGCUUGUGAUGUAGCAUCAAAAAAUGAUUCAGUUCUCUAAUGUCCAAGUUUAGCCGUGUUUUUUGUUUUGCGGCUGUCAUGUGCAAUGAUGUGUUUUAUUUUUCUUGAUGCUUAACAUUACUAAUGAUAGCAAACAUAACACUGAAGAGCACUACUUUACAUCUUUCUAGUUGGAUUUUUCUUUUAUACUGGUUACAAUUCA